GUGUCACCUCGCUUGUCGUCCGGGUUCCCCCUCCGGUGUGUGCGCUGCUGCCGCUGCUCCGGCUCCGACACUCGGGGGAUGUUGCUGCCGCCGCCGCCGCGGACGAGAUGGAGUUGAACCAUAAAAGCAGGAGAGAGUCGGACAGAGUUUGAGAGACAAAGAGGAGCAGGGGAGGAGGGCUCAUACGUCACCUGUCCGCCCGAGCCCCGCCGGACGGGGGAACACCAGCACCGGAGGACGAGUGUGAGAAAGUCGCGGUGGGAAGAUGAAGCUGCUGAAGCCGAGCUGGGUGAGCCACAACGGCAAACCCAUAUUUUCAGUGGACAUUCACCCAGAUGGGACGAAAUUUGCGACUGGUGGACAAGGGGAGGAUUCUGGGAAGGUGAUGAUCUGGAACAUGGCGCCAGUCCUCCGAGAGGAGGACGAGAAGAACGAGAAUGUUCCCAAAAUGCUUUGCCAGAUGGACAAUCACCUAGCAUGUGUGAACUGUGUGCGCUGGUCCAACAACGGACUGUACCUGGCAUCAGGAGGAGACGACAAGCUGGUCAUGGUGUGGAGGAGAGCUGCACUCAUUGGCCCGAGCACGGUGUUCGGCUCGAGCAGCAAACUGGCGAAUGUGGAGCAGUGGAGGUGUGUCACAAUCCUGAGGAACCACACCGGAGAUGUGAUGGAUGUGGCGUGGUCUCCUCACGACGUGUGGCUGGCCUCCUGCAGCGUCGACAACACCAUCGUCAUCUGGAACGCUCGCAAGUUCCCAGAGAUGGUGACAUGUCUGCGAGGACACACCGGCCUGGUGAAGGGCCUGACCUGGGACCCGGUGGGGAAGUACAUCGCCUCGCAGGCCGACGACCACAGCCUCAAGGUGUGGAGGACGAUGGACUGGCAGAUGGAGGCCAACAUCACCAAACCCUUCAGCGAGUGCGGCGGGACGACCCACGUCCUGCGUCUGUCCUGGUCCCCGGACGGUCAGUACCUGGUGUCAGCUCACGCCAUGAACAACUCGGGCCCCACGGCUCAGAUCGUGGAGAGAGACGGCUGGAAGACCAACAUGGACUUCGUGGGCCACCGGAAAGCCGUCACCGUGGUGAAAUUCAACCCAAAGAUCUUCAAGAAGAAGCAGAAGAACGGCAGCUCUCCGAAGCCCAGCUGUCCGUACUGUUGCUGCGCCGUCGGCAGCAAAGACCGGUCGCUCUCCGUCUGGCUGACAUCGUUGAAACGCCCCCUGGUGGUCAUUCACGAUCUCUUCGAUAAAUCCAUCAUGGACAUCUCCUGGACUCUGACGGGUCUGGGGAUGUUGGUGUGUUCGAUGGACGGCACCGUGGCCUACCUGGACUUCUCACUGGACGAGCUGGGAGACCCGCUGAGCGAGGAGGAGAAGAACAGCAUCCACCAGAACAUCUACGGUAAGAGUCUGGCCAUUACCAGCACCGAGGCCCAGCUCUCCACCACCAUCAUCGAGAACCCCGAAAUCCUCAAGUACCAGCAGGAGCGACAGAACUCCCAGGCCAACGUGGGACUGGGCGGCGCCACCGCUGCUGCAGCCGCCGCCAGCGGGCCCGAAUCCUCCACCCCAAAACUGAACAGCGUGAUGAAUGGAGAGUCUCUGGAGGACAUCAGGAAGAACCUUUUGAAGAAACAGGUGGAGACGAGGACGGCGGACGGCAGGAGGCGGAUCACGCCGCUGUGCAUCGCUCAGCUGGACACGGGCGAUUUCUCGCCAGCUCUGUUCAACAGCGCCCCCAUCCUGCCCUCGGGCUCCUCCGUGUCCAACCAGCUCACCUCCCAGCUCAGCUCCGACUCCAGCCCGGGACAGGCCUCCUCCCUGGGGCUGAGGCCCGGCCACGACCCCAUGCUCACCUCGCCUCCGGCCAAGGGCCUGGAGGACAACAAGGACGGUGUGAUGAAAUCCACGCUGCUGCUCACGUCCGCCUCCAAGAUCGAGCCGAUGAAAGCGCUGGACUCCAGGUUCACGGAGAGGUCAAAGGCCACGCCGGGCGUCACGUCUGCCAUAACCUCCAUUGCCGGACUCACGCCUCUCGACAGGUCUCGGCCCAAAGACGCCGGCGUCUCUGUCCUGAAGGACGUGAAACACAAAGAGGACAGCAGCAGCGACAGCGAGGACAAGAUGGCCUCCAUCAACAAGAACCUGUCGUUCAACAAGAGGAAGCAGGAUCUGCUGAUGGAUGGAGGGGAGGUGGUGGAGAAGAGGAAGAAGGGGCGGCCCCGGAAGGACAAGAUGGCCCCCACCUUCCCGCAGCCCUUCACCCAGAUCACUGCUCCGCCGGCCGAGCGCGAGCCGAGCAGAGCGGCAGCUCCUCCUCCUCCGGCGCCUGUCACAGUCCUCAGACUCCCGACUCCGAGUCCACGGAAGACGUUCAGUCUGCAGGUGAGCAUGGAGCCGUCGGUGUUCCUGGAGGUGGAGAACGAGGUGUCGGUGGUGGCCGGGUCCAAGCUCAGCCAGCUGCGAUGCUCCAGAGACGGACGCGACUGGAACACGCUGCUGCCCAGCUCCGUGGUCACCGCCGCAGGCAGCAGCGACGUCCUGGCCGUCGCCUGCGAGGACAGGAUGCUGUCGGUGUUCUCUUCCUGCGGCCGGCGGCUGCUUCCUGCCAUCCAGAUGGGCUCGCCGGUGUCCACGCUGCACUGCUCGGCCCACUUCGUCAUGGCUCUGACGGCCGGAGCGGCGCUGUCCGUCUGGGACGUUCAGAAGCAAAAGGCUCUGGUGAAGAACGAGUCUCUGAAGACAAUUUUAUCUGGCGGCGACGUCACGGUGUCUCGGUCUCUGCUCACGCAGCAGGGCGUCCCGGUCGUGGGACUGUCCAACGGGAAGUCGUACUGCUUCAGCUCCUCGCUGGAGACGUGGACCCUGAUCGCCGAUAAAGGCGACUCCAUGGUCCAGUGCGCCGACUUCAGGAGCUGCCUGCCCUCCCAUGAUGCAUCUGUGUCCUCGGGGCCACUGGCCGUGAUGCAGGGACGCAACCUCAAUGCUGGCCGGCUGGCGUCCCGUCUCUCCUCCACCCCCCACCACCUGCAGCAGAGCAUGACGCUCGCCUUCCUGGAGAACCAACUGGCGUCGGCUCUGACGCUGCAGUCGGCGCAGGAGUAUCGCUACUGGCUGCUCGUCUACGCCCGGUUCCUCGUCAACGAAGGCUCGGAGUUCCGGCUCAGGGAGCUCUGUAAGGAGCUGCUGGGUCCCGUCCACAAAUCCGCCGCCUCGUCCUGGGAGCCCACCACUCUGGGUCUUCGUAAGCGCGAUCUGCUGCGGGAGGUUCUGCCCGUCAUCGGCGAGAACCUGCGCUUCCAGAGACUGUUCACGGAGUACCAGGACCAGCUGGAGCUGCUGCGCAACAAAUAACACUCACAGAUGGACACAGACAUACACAAUCACUCACUCGUGGACUCGUCAUGGAACCGUCUCGCCUGGGUGAAAAGACUGUUUCACCAACUUGGGAAGCUUGAAUCGCUCCAGGGUUUUCAGCCUCUGGGACUUUUCAGUGCUGUUGCUCAUUGGGGACAAAUGGGUGCUGCUUCUUCUUCUUCUUCUUCUUUUUCUUCUUUUUCUUCUUCUUCUUCUUCUUCAUUUUUCCCGACCUGUGCACCCUCCUGCCCUGCUCAUCAUGAACUUGUGAAGAUCAACUCCAGAUAGAAAAACUUUAAGACGCUCACAAAAAGGUUGAAUAUGAAUCAGAGCGGAGGCGAAGUAGCAAAUACGCUUGACCAAAGUGAAGAGCCUUUCGAGUGUAGAUGUACCCGCCCGCCCGCGUCUGCAGGGCGAACGAAUCGACCGCCACAAAGCCGGAAUGUUACAGGCCGACGCCGUUCCUGAAUCUGCCAGUAGGUAACAUUCAUCGGCUGCCUUUUUAAAAACGUGACGUCACAGUCGGGCGCCGGCGAAGUGGAGGAGGAGGAAGAUCAUCAAAUCUCUUCCACCGCCGGGAAUCUGACGUACGGGAUGGAACUCUGGGAAAUAGUCAGAAAAGGGAUCUCUGCUUUUUCACGUGGUGACGGAAAGUUUUGUCAAAAGCGUCAACGUGUAAAUCAAAGAAUCAUCGCACAUUUUUUAAAAACAUGAUGGAAAAUCAAAUCCAACGAUUGAACUCAUUGACAUUUGUUUUUCAUUUGUGUUGGAUGAAUGCGACGUGUUACUCAGAUAUUAAUCUUCAUCAGGACAUUUCAGAUCAUCAUAUUCACCGUACGAACUCUACUGUCGUCUGCUCCUCCUGCUGCAGUUUUACCGUAAAAAACUUUUGUCUCGACUCGCAUCCGAAUGGAUUAAUCGUUAAUGUCGGCUGCGCCAAGCAAAUUCUUUCGGCGAUUCGUUACGAGUCACGUGAUUAAAACACAACCAGAGAAUAUUCGUCUGAGAUGUCGGGAGGAAUCUCACCAGGUUAUUUGAAAUUCGCUCGAGUGGAAUCUUUUGAGGUCGAGCGAAUUUAUUAAUUUAUCGAGCGCGUUAUUCCUCUCGCAUCGUGUUUUGGUGUGAACCCACCAUUUUGUUUCCUGGACAUUGAACAGUCAAGAUGUCUGACGCAAUCAGCGAUAAUCAAAAUAAUCUCUCUUAUUUGUUCUUUAAAUAAAACUGAACCGUCGGUGGAACGUGCCUAAAAAACAAAGGGGCGAUUGGCGUCGUCGAAUUGUUUAAAAAUCAUGUGAACGUUUUGUUUAGUCAGAUCAGUUUUGUCAUCAGACAAAAAAAUGUUGUAUAUGGAUGAUUUGCUCUCGUCCCCUCUGAAACACUUAACUUUUUUUGUUUUUUUGCUUCGUUCGAUAUCGUUUCCCUGGUAACAACCACUGAGAAAUCUGUUUGAUUUUAUUUUUCAGGACAAAAGGAGAAAGUUUUGGUGUUUUUUUUUUUGUCUGACAUCCAUUAACUUGACAUUCAAACCUGUUUCAACGGUCGAUGAACUUUCACUUGAAGUAUCAAAGUACUUUGUGUUUGUCUGCAGCGACCGUGUGUGUGUGUGUGUGUGUGUGUGUGUGUGUGUGUGUGUGUGUGUGUGUGUGUGUGUGUGUGUGUGUGUGUGUGUGUGUGUGUGUGUGUGUGUGUGUGUGUGUGUGUGUGUGUGUGUGUGUGUGUGUGUGUGUGUGUGUGUGUGUGUGUGUGUGUGUGUGUGUGUGUGUUCGUCUCCUGCUGUAUUUCAAAACAGCACAACCGAGUCCAGAGGAAGAAGAAUGAAUCCGCUCUUUACUGUACAGCAUUUUUCUUUUCCUAUUCUUUCUUUCAUUUUUUUUCCGUUUGUCAUUUUUAAAUGUUUGUAUUAGGCAGUUUUUUUUGUUGUUUCCAUUUUCUAUAAGAAAAGAAGGAAAACGAGCGGAAAGUUUUUGCUUUUGAUGAAAGAAAGUUAAAAUUAAACAAAUGAGGAACAAGGUG